GGACUUUUUCAAUGGAAGGAAGCGUUAUUAUGGAAUAUGGACUGGUAAUUUGGCCAGAAGCAAAGUAAAAGUUAAACCACUUUAACGAUGGAUUUUUAUUUUUUUUUUAAACAAAGACAGCUUUUUGCUUCACAAGACGUUAACUGGUGGGCUGGAGUCGUGUCCAUUACUUGUGAUUCUUUAACUCUCCUUAUUGUGUAUAUAAUCAAGCUUCUGGGUAAUUAUUUUUUUUUAAAGAUGUCACAGAGCACAACUGUAUAACAUGAAUUCGUUUACUUUGGAAAAGAGCGUUGCAACUUCCUUGGGCUUAAAAAUAACUCAUAUCUUCCAUCGACAAUCUCUUCCACUGGCCAAACUGCAAUUUGUCAAGCAAACGUCACAUGUAAUAAACUGGCUGCACGUGAGCCGGGAGCGCUCAGAGAAUUUUAAUACGCAUGAGCACGCGCACCGACUGCGCGCUCUCACUUCACCUUCUACUGUCGACCGUGCUGUACCUAAUUUAAAGUCAUAAAAAGAUUACAGUUUUAACUCCGUAGAUGCGGACGACGGGAUUCAGUUCAGUUAAAGGUGAUGAUGUGAUAAUAAUCAAGUAAGUUAAAGGUGUUUUCAGCACACUGGACAGCACCUUGACAAUGACCGACACUUAACGGCGUUCAUUUUUACCAAAGCAGAAUGGAACGCAGCAAAGAUGAGCCACCGAGGAUCCGAGGGGAGAUCAGCGACAAACAAUUACAACAAAUCAGCUGCUAUUGAAAUUGGACAGGAACAUGAACUUGUUGGAUAUAUUUCUAGAGUCGCUCAUCGUUGUAAUUGCAGUUGUGUCACUCGUGGCGAACUUGCUGGUGUUAGUAUGUUUCACCUGCAGCACACAAGUACGUUCACAGGUGCCAGGGAUCUUCAUCAUGAACCUCUCAUUCUGCAACAUCCUCAUCGCUGUUCUCAGCAUGCCUUCUACCCUACUUGGGGUCGUAAAACACCAAAAGCCUUUUGGCGACCACUUUUGUUAUACAGUGAGUUUUAUGGAUACUUUCCUGACUACCAACACAAUGUUGAGCAUGGCAGCUCUCAGCAUAGACCGCUGGAUAGCCGUGGUUUUUCCUUUGACUUAUUCCAGCAAAAUGAGACUUAAGAAUGCCGCACUAAUGGUCAGCUAUGCUUGGCUUCACUCGCUCGCAUUCUCGCUCACUAGUCUCCUGCUGUCCUGGGUCAAUUACAAUCCCGCGUACGCGUCAUGCACCUUGCACCUGGGAGAAGAUGCUGAGAGCCGUGUUCAUUUCAUGGUGUUCACCGCAGUGUUCCACGCAUGUACUUUCGUCCUCUCGCUUUUCAUCCUAUGCUUUACCUACCUGAAAGUGCUACAAGUGGCGCGCUUCCAUUGUAAAAGGAUAGAUGUUAUAACAGUGCAAACGCUUUUACUACUUGUCGACAUUCACCCAAGUGUGAAACAACGGUGCUUACUGGAGCAGAAGAAAAGGAGACAGAGGGCCACCAAGAAAAUCGGCAUUUUCAUCGGGUCGUUCGUCCUGUGCUUUGCCCCCUAUGUCAUAACACGACUGACUGAACUGUCUCCUUCAGUAAAAAUCGAUCAUUAUUGGGGGAUCAUGAGCAAGUGCUUAGUGUACAGCAAAGCUGCUUCUGACCCUUUCAUCUACUCCCUCUUACGGCAACAAUAUAAGAAGGCCCUUUUUGGAGUUUGCAACAGGAUUUUGGGACGGAACUUAUACAGACUUUCUGGUCACAACAGUCCCUCAGGCAUGGAAAAUGAAUGCUACUCACAAAGGGUUAACAAGCUGAAGGAGGAUAACUGUCACCAGAGCAGGUGAAAAAGGCUGACAACUGACACCUUCAGAAAUAUGUGCUCAGCAGUGGUUUGGUUAGUCAGUGGCUAAAUGGCACACCAAACUGCCUAUAAUUUCUGAAAUAAUGCGUACAGUGUGUCAUUUCUGUCUUUUAAAACCGUGGUAUAAAUGUAAGACUCUUUAUUCACAACAUAGUAUUGUAAUGUGUAUUAUAAUGUACAUUCUGAAAUAAAAUUAUAGUAGAAGAGAUUGUAUAGGUAUUUAUCAUUAUAAAAAGUGAUGACCUGCACAAAGAGCUAUUUCUACCUGAUUUAACCCAUAACAUUUAGUUUUGUUGUAAGUUAAUGGAUUUAGGUUGAUUCAGUGCUAAAGUGUCCUUUUGGUCCUAUCUACUGUAAGUGCCGCCAGAAUGCGAUUUUUAUUGAGGGGACACUUCCACUAACCCUACUCCUGAACCUACCCCUCACAGAACACUUUCUGCAUUUUUAGAUUUUCUUAAAACUUAAUUCUGUAUGAUAUCUAAGCUGUCAAAAAUGACUGAUAUUACUAUCCUUGUGGGGACACUUGGUCCCCAUAAUGUAAGGAAUACCAGGACCACACACACAAACCAUAAUAGUACAUUAAAUAGCAUGAAGACAAAUCUACAUCUCUCAUGUAAUUAAACAAUUAAAUAUUCAGAACUUUAUUCUGCCGAGUACAGCCUUUGGCUGGGCCGUAAGGUCAUUAAAACUUAAAGCCACUCCAGUGUUGUCUUGGUUAGGUGUUGUAAUGCUAAAAGGUGAAAUUUAACCCUAGUUUAAAAAUUCUGUUUCUCUUUGAUUCAGUAUUGUCUUCAUCUGUUGACCUCAUCAAACUGCAGUCAAAUACAGUCAGCUUGAGUCAGCCAUUCUUACAAUUUUAUUCAACACAUUAAGUUAAUAGAUUUUACAGUCUAUGUUUGGAAUUCCAUAAAGAUAAAGCCAUAAAAAAUGUGCAGGUGUAUAAAUAGUACAUAGUACAUUCUCAGACAUACUACAUCCACAAUGUAGCAAUUGUCCUUUGACCCCUGUGUUCUUUGACUUAUAACAUAUGUACUAACAACAAACAAGAAAAUAUAUUCAAAUAAAAACAAAAGUAGCAACUUUUGUUCUCCAAUUACUUUUUUUUUUUUUUUUUUUGGUUUUUAACAG